AGAGCACACUUCUCAAGAUCUCACUCUCUCACUCUAUCUCGCGUCUAUCGUCUCCUAGAGAGGAGAGAUUAUUCAACAGUUUCAAAACCCAAAGAUACUAAUCAGAAUACAAAGAAAAGUAUUAAAACCCCUAUUUUGUUCUAUCAUUUCCUAGACUGUAAGUUUCUUGUUUCGUCUCCUCCAAUCUGUCAAUUAAGAUCUGACUUUCCAAAAGCUGCCAGUAUCUUAAACUUACAAAAGUUUGAAUUUUUCAGCUCUUUCGGUUGAGUGAAAGAAAAUGGUGAUUCCGAGUAAGGCGUUAUGCCUUCUGGUGCUGUGCUUUACCAUGGCUGCUACUGCUGCUGGUGGGGGUUCUUUCAAGUACAAGGACCCAAAGCAGCCUAUGGGUGCAAGAAUCAGAGAUUUGAUGAACCGUAUGACCCUCCAAGAGAAGAUCGGUCAGAUGGUUCAGAUCGAACGCAGCGUCGCAACACCUGAAGUCAUGAAGAAAUACUUCAUCGGGAGUGUGUUGAGUGGUGGAGGAAGUGUGCCUGCGCCAAAGGCAACUCCUGAAAAUUGGGUGAACAUGGUCAAUGAGAUUCAAAAGGCGGCUCUUUCGACCCGCCUUGGAAUCCCGAUGAUCUAUGGGAUCGAUGCUGUUCACGGUCACAACAAUGUGUAUGGCGCUACCAUUUUCCCGCACAAUGUUGGCCUUGGAGUUACCAGGGAUCCUAAGCUUCUAAAGAGGAUUGGAGAAGCAACCGCUCUUGAAGUUAGAGCGACUGGAAUCCCAUAUGCCUUUGCUCCAUGCAUUGCAGUUUGUAGAGAUCCAAGAUGGGGAAGAUGCUACGAGAGCUACAGUGAGGAUUACAGAAUCGUUCAACAGAUGACUGAGAUUAUACCCGGUUUGCAAGGUGACCUUCCUACCAAGCGAAGAGGUGUUCCCUUUGUCGGUGGAAAAACAAAAGUCGCGGCUUGUGCCAAGCAUUUUGUGGGAGAUGGAGGUACAGUGAGAGGGAUAGACGAGAACAACACCGUGAUUGACUCGAAGGGGCUGUACGGAAUUCACAUGCCUGGAUAUUACAACGCUGUGAACAAGGGUGUUGCAACGGUUAUGGUGUCCUACUCUGCUUGGAACGGUUUGAGAAUGCAUGCUAACAAGGAACUUGUCACGGGUUUCCUCAAGAACAAGCUUAAGUUCAGAGGCUUCGUCAUCUCAGAUUGGCAAGGGAUUGAUAGGAUCACAACUCCCCCACAUCUGAACUAUUCAUACUCUGUUUACGCAGGGAUAAACGCAGGAAUUGACAUGAUUAUGGUACCGUACAACUACACGGAGUUCAUUGACGAGAUCAACAGUCAGAUACAGAAAAAGUUGAUUCCAAUGAGCAGGAUCGAUGAUGCUGUGAAGAGAAUCUUAAGAGUCAAAUUCACAAUGGGACUCUUUGAGGAGCCACUGGCUGAUCUCAGCUUUGCCAACCACCUUGGUAGCAAGGAACACAGGGAACUAGCUCGUGAAGCCGUGAGGAAAUCUCUAGUGCUGCUCAAGAAUGGUAAGAAAGGCGAUAAGCCGUUGCUUCCUCUGCCUAAAAAGACAGGAAAGAUCCUUGUGGCGGGAGGACACGCUGAUAACUUGGGAUAUCAAUGUGGUGGCUGGACCAUCACCUGGCAAGGCCUUAACGGCAACGACCUCACCGUCGGUACAACGAUCCUCGCGGCUGUGAAGAAUACAGUGGCUCCAACCACACAAGUCGUCUACAAUGAGAACCCUGAUGCAAACUUCGUCAAGUCUGGUAAAUUUGACUACGCCAUUGUGGUCGUCGGUGAACCUCCUUAUGCUGAAAUGUUUGGAGACAGCACAAACCUGACCAUAAGUGAACCUGGUCCGAGCACGAUAGGGAACGUUUGCGGGUCAGUGAAGUGUGUGGUGGUUGUGGUCUCUGGCCGUCCAGUGGUGAUGCAGCCUUAUGUCUCGACCAUCGAUGCUCUCGUGGCAGCUUGGCUUCCGGGAACAGAAGGCCAAGGAGUAGCUGAUGCUCUGUUUGGUGAUUAUGGGUUCACCGGAAAGUUGGCCCGGACUUGGUUUAAGUCGGUGAAGCAGCUGCCGAUGAAUGUUGGCGAUCUGCACUACGACCCGCUGUACCCGUUCGGUUUCGGGUUGACCACAAAACCAUACAAAUCAUCGUAGACGUUUUCUUUGGUUCGGAGGCAAUAAGUUUAGUUAUUGAGCAACAAGGAAAAGAAAGAUAUUAAAAAGAACCUAAGGAAAUAAUUUCGAUGAACAAUUUUUUGGGGUUUAAGGUUGAGAUUGUCUGUCUGCGAAACUAGUUAUAAUUUAUAAGUAGCAGAUGAUUUGAACUAGCUUUUGUUAUUCGUCAUUAUGAAUCUGUAUUUUGCUUCAUAAGAUAAAGAACGAUUUGGACAA